AUGGAUACUCCAGCAAUAGUCAUAGAUAACGGUACAGGGUUCACAAAGAUGGGUUUCUCAGGAAACAUCGACCCUUCGAUCAUGAUUCCUUCAACUAUCGCAGAGAGCAUGGAGACUAGCGAUUUAAUAGUGUCUAAAGUCCAGUUCAAUGACUACGAUUACUUCAUUGGAGAAGAAGCUCUGAAAAACUCCAGCACUCAUAAGCUGACCUAUGUUCUUAAUGGCGGAAUGAUUGAAAAUUGGGAACAAAUGGAGAAAUACUGGCAUAAGUCUAUCUUCGAAUACCUCAGAGCUGAUCCUGAGGAGCAUUACAUGGUGCUGACUGAGCCACCAAUGAAUACUCCUGAAAAUAGAGAACAAAUGGCUGAAAUAAUGUUUGAGACAUUCGGAGUCCCUGGUCUCUUCAUUGGCGUUCAGGCUGUGUUGGCACUUUAUGCAGGAGUCUACGCCUCAGUUGAUAAGUCUGAGAAUAUUCAGGGUAAAGAUCUUACAGGAACUGUUGUUGACUCUGGAGAUGGUGUUACUCAUGUUAUUCCUAUUGUGCACGGAUAUCCAAUCAGCAACAAUAUAAAGCACAUUCCGAUUGCAGGAAGGGAUAUUACUAAAUUUGUCUCAGAUUCUUUAAAGACAAGGAAGGAAAAGAUUCCUGCUAGUGAUCUGAGAGAGGUCUCAAGGAUUAUUAAGGAGAGCAACUGCUACUGUGCCCCUGAUAUUUUGAAAGAACACAAGAAAUACGAUGAGAAGAUCAAGGACCCAGAGACAGGAAAAUGGAAACAAUCUAAGAAAUUCAAGAAAGUUUCAAUGACUUCACCAUACAGCGGAAAGAGAAUCAAGUGAGAUCUUGGUUACGAGGCCUUUAUGGCACCAGAGGUUUUCUUCCACCCUGAAUUCGUCAAUGCGGAUUAUAGAGAAUCCUUGGAUGAAAUAGUUGAUAUGGCUAUUGUCAAGUCUCCACUUGAUAAUAGACUUGAUCUCUACAAAAAUAUUGUUCUCUCUGGAGGAUCCACACUGUUUAAGAACUUUGAUAAGAGACUUGAGCAAGAAGUCAGAAGAAGAGUUAAAGGUAGAUAUGAAGCUUUAGGCAUCCCAGAAAAUACUCCUGAAGUUAAAGUUUCUCAGAACGUCGUUCAGCAAGCUGCUGUCUGGUUUGGAGGAAGCAUGCUUGCAGACAACAAGGAGAAUUUUGCUGGAAUUGUGUCCACUAAGGAGCAGUACGAAGAAGUUGGGCCAUCAAUUGCCAGACAUAACCCUGUUUUCUCUAUAUAG